GAAAAAUAGGCGUGGGCUCGAAAAAGAUAUUUUUAAAUUCUUUUUUUCUGUCUCUGCCAAAAUACUCACGCUUUUUCUUACCCCUUUUCUCACACCAAUAUGAUCUGGGCAUUGGCGUCGACAUCCUCAGUAUCACACGCAUACAGGCCAUCGUCGGCCGCGGAUCCAAAGCUCGAACACUACAACAGCGUUGAGAUGGCCCAAAUGGCAGGGGACACGGCGCGGGUCAAUUUUCUGGCUAAACGGUGGUGUCUCAAGGAGGCCCUGUACAAGGCUGCCUUCCCACACCAGACCCUCAAAUGGCACGACGUCUGUAUUCAGAGUGCGGGCCCGAAACCAAUGGCCAGUGUUCGGUGGAAUGCUCAGCUGGCUGGAGCCAAGACGCACGUCUCGCUAUCGCACGACCAUGGCUUGCUCGUCGGAUACGUUGUUGUUGAACUCAAUAGGGAUUCAGCUUUGGUUUAG